AUGGCAUCCAAAUGGAAAAUGUUGCGGUCGCUGGCAGCUGCAGGGAAGCUGGAGACAGAGAAGGAGGACGGAGAGGAAAGGCGCAGUCUAUCCUCGAAGAUUGCAAAGGUUUUUGCUGGAAUGGGGAAGGAUGUGCGACCGCUGCAGGCUAGUCCUCUAUUGGAACUGCCAUACGAGCUUUUGGAUCGGAUUCUCUUCUUUCUCGAUCGAGAGGACUUAAUGACCCUCAGAGCAGUAUGCUACCGACUGGACGAACUGCUUUUAGACCAACUCUUCAGUGAAAUCUCCAUCAACUGCACUCAAUAUGGUUCGCAGAGAACCGGCGCACUUCUCCGACAAUUGUCAACAGGCAAAUCUCGCGUCUCCCGGGUGGCGAAGACCUUGCACAUCGCCAACUUGGUCCCGUUCACCCACCCAGCCCAGAGUAACUGGCAGGAAACGGAUCUUGACCAAGGGCUUCGGCCAAUACAGCAGAGCUAUCUGGCUCCUGCUUUGCGUGCGUUGAGGAACAUAACGACUGUACACUGGAGCGUCAAAGUCAGCGACCCAUACAGCAGUAUGUGCGAUGCCCUGGCCGCACUCCCCCAUCUCGACAGCCUCUACCUCUACCUCGACCGCUGGACCCACUCCACCCUCUUCCCCUUCGACAAAUUCCAUGACCUCAAGCUCAAACGCCUCCACUUUGAAUCAGGGGACUACUUCCGACCCAUCACAUGCGAAACCAUCCCGCAUCUCCGCAAGAUAAUAGCAGGCUCGCCGGACUUGGAAGAGCUUUCCUUCACACCGCUCCUGAUACAGGGCCCGCGCAUAACGACCCUCGACGACUUGUUCAUCCGAGACGGGGAGACGAAGAAGUGCUUGAAGGAGAAUGGCGGCGUUUUGCCUCUGACGUCGAUUCGUCUGGCCUACCCGAUGCUUUCAAAGGAGAUGCACACCUGGGGUGCGUUGAAGAAUCUUGUCUCGCUCGAUAUCACGAACGGCCAAGCGGACAUCCGGCCCCUCUGGAAAUUCUUCUCCGCCCACUCGUUCGAACUCCAAGUGAUCAAAGUCGGCAACCUCUCUUUCGAACUCAUUGAAUACCUGCUCACUUACACGGGACUGCGCGAAUUGCACCUGCGGUCUGUAUUUGCGGCGGAGGGGAAGGAGAGUUCGAGGAAGGAAUUAAUGACAGCUCUGUGUCGAGAUGGGCUGCCGCAGCACGGGUACUCGCUCGAGAUGUUGUCGCUCGAAGCGCCAGAUUCGGAUGUCAACGAGGAGUGGUGCUUGAUGCCAGAAUAUGCCUCGUGGAUCGGACAUCUUUUACAACCAAAGCCGGCCAACCCUGACCGAAGUUCUCUCUCGACUCUGCCGCCUCCCACGCCUCCAACUCCUCUCCCUUACCCCGGUAUGGCCAUCACCCUUACCCGUAGAAGCACCGUCGACCGCCUUGAUACCUGA